AUGAAGACCUCCGACGUUUCCGUGCCGGCGAAGAGAAAGGCUUCGACCGAUUCCGAAGCCGACGACAUGACGAGUCCUGGGCAGUCAGCCAAGCCGCGCAAGCGCGUUCCCGCGGAAAUCUGGGAAACCAAACGGCCAAUCAUAACGCGCCUGUACCAGGAGGAAAAGAAGUCGUUGAAGGAAGUGAUGGAGAUCAUGGAGCGUGAAUAUCACUUCACCGCCACCGUGAAGAUGUAUAAGUCAAGAAUUUGGAAAUGGGGUCUCGACAAGAAGCUGAAGGGGGACGAGGUCCUGGCCAUCAUGCUUCUCAAACGCGACCGUGAUGAGUUAGGCAAGGGACCGACGGAAUUCAGGAUACGCGGUCAACUCGUGGACAUGGAGAACAUCAACCGGUAUCUCAAGCGAAACCCGUCGUUGAUGGCCAAAUUCAGAGCUGGUCACACUCCUAGUGUUCAGACCACCCUUGAAGUAACUUGCCGAACGCCCUCUCCGCCUUCAAGUCCUCCGCGAGCCCUGGCACCGACGACGGAGCUGCAGAGCACCGAGCAAGUCUUGUGCCUGUUCCGAGAUUAUAUCGAUGGGUCUUUCGCAUCCGGCGAUUGGUGGUAUGAGUACGACGUUGGGUGCUCUAGUAAACGCGUGGAAGGAAUAGACAGCGCCAACAGUCUGUUCGAAAGAGUUAUCGCGAGCUUCGCAUUGGUCAACCAAUGUAUGAAGAAGCGUGACCAUAUCGAUAUCAACCGCGUACUCGGUCCGGCUUUCGACGCGUUGCGAGGUCUUGUUGCCUCCGAGACGCCAGAUUUCGUGGCGAGGACGGUUUGCCUGCUGUGGUAUCUGGAACGCCAUUAUAAGCAGGAUCUUCUGCGAGUGGUGCUCAACUAUCUGGCAGGACUGAUCCCAAUCAUGUUAGGGCCAUACCACAUUCUCGGCCACAUAUGGCGAAGGCUGGCGGCAACCAACUUCUCGUCCUGGUACGAGCUGUCGAUGCGACUAUACGCAAUGUUGGUACCCAAAAUCGAGGAGCAGGUUGGGUCAGCCAACUACUUGACGCAUCUGGUGUACUGCGACUAUGUCGACUGCAUGCUUGGUCGACAAAAUCCGGAGGAAUGCGAAGUAUUGCUGAGUCGUCACCUGGCGCGCGCCGAGGCGUCUGGGCAGCAACAUCCGUGGCUUGCGGAUAUGGCGCUGUCGCACGCAGCGGUUCUCGCAACGUGCAAAGAGAAUCAGGGUCGGCGAGACGAAGCCAUCAAUGUCCUGACGUCGCAUCUGAACGCAUACGAUAUGAGUGACGACCAGAAAGCCGGGCUGCAUCUGACGCUCGGAGUGAAGUACCACGGAAACGGAAACAUGGCAGCUUCGAUCACAUCCUUCAAGAUGGCGGCCCGCAUAGCCCUGACAUCGGACCUGGACGAAAGGGUAUCCAACGCGGCUUUAGCCAAUUUGGAGAAAGUAUUCCGCGAGACGGGAAAACCGGAAAAGGCACACCGGGUUCACGAAUACCGUAUGAAUCGGGUUGCCGUGUUUGCGAAAGAGUCCAACACCAUUUCGAGGGGCUUGUCGGAUGACUAUGAAGGGGAUAGCGAUGUCUCGAUUGAACUUGAAACGUUGCCAGAGUGGUUGUGGAAAGUUGACGAGACCGAAGAAGACGCAUCCGAGUGGCCAGAGCUGGCUCCCUUUGGCUGGGUUGAGAAGUCAUCGCCGGCUUCCUAUCCCGGCUGCGUCGAUGGCUCGUUGCACUGGACAAACACUUCCCAGUCCGAGUCGCCCGCCAUCUUGUCAACCGAAUAUUCGCCCAGACUCGACAACCAUGUCAUUGAUCCGCAGGUCGAGUACUACUACGGACACGAAGGCGAAGUUCGGUGA